CGUGCCCGAGCGUCUGCGGCGCGUGCCCGUGCGCGGUGCGGGGGGUCGCGGGGCCGCAGCGGCGAGCGCAGCCCCCGCGCCUCUUCCCUCCGCGGUCCCCGCUCCAUCUGGAAGGACGUGGCUGUUAUAUGAAGACCCUGUGUGGACAGUAAUGACCGCACGUUUCCGAUUGCCUGCUGGCAGAACCUACAAUGUACGAGCAUCUGAGCUGGCAAGAGACAGGCAGCAUACGGAGGUGGUCUGCAACAUUCUUCUCCUGGAUAACACUGUACAAGCUUUCAGAGUUAAUAAACAUGAUCAGGGACAAGUUCUGUUGGAUGUAGUCUUCAAGCAUCUCGAUUUGACAGAGAGAGAUUACUUUGGUUUACAGUUGGCUGAUGAAUCUACUGAUAACCCUAGGUGGCUGGAUCCAAACAAACCUAUCAGGAAACAAUUAAAAAGAGGAUCUCCUCAUAGUUUGAACUUCAGAGUUAAGUUUUUUGUAAGUGACCCAAACAAGCUCCAAGAAGAAUAUACAAGGUACCAGUAUUUUUUGCAAAUUAAACAGGACAUUCUUACUGGAAGAUUGCCGUGUCCUUACAAUACUGCUGCUCUUCUCGCUUCCUAUGCUGUUCAGUCUGAGCUGGGAGACUACAACCAUUCAGAAAACUUUCCAGGCUACCUCUCAGACUAUUCUUUCAUCCCUAGCCAGCCUCAAGACUUUGAAAAAGAAAUAGCAAAAUUACAUCAGCAGCACAUAGGAUUGUCUCCUGCAGAAGCAGAGUUCAGUUAUCUCAAUACAGCACGUACCUUAGAACUUUAUGGAGUUGAAUUGCACUAUGCUAGGGAUCAGAGUAACAAUGAAAUAAUGAUUGGAGUGAUGUCAGGUGGAAUACUAAUUUUUAAGAACAGAGUACGAAUUAACACUUUUCAGUGGUUGAAGAUUGUAAAAAUUUCUUUUAAGUGCAAGCAGUUUUUUAUUCAACUUAGGAAAGAAUUGCAUGAAUCUAGAGAAACGUUACUAGGAUUCAAUAUGGUGAAUUACCGCGCAUGUAAGAAUUUAUGGAAAGCUUGUGUGGAGCAUCACACAUUCUUCCGUUUGGACAGACCGCUCCCCCCUCAGAAGAACUUUUUUGCACAUUAUUUCACUUUGGGUUCCAAGUUCCGGUACUGUGGGAGAACAGAGGUCCAGUCUGUGCAGUAUGGUAAAGAAAGAGCAAACAAAGAUAGGGUGUUUGCAAGAUCCCCCAGUAAACCCUUAGCACGAAAAUUAAUGAGUGGGAUGGACUGGGAAGUAGUGAGUAGGAAUUCACUGUCUGAUGAUAGGUUGGAAACACAAAGCCUGCCAUCACGGUCUCCACCUGGAACCCCAAAUCAUCGCAAUUCUGCCUUCACUCAAGAAGGAGCACGGUUACGACCCUCAUCGGUUGGACAUUUAGUGGACCAUGUAGUUCACACAUCCCCAAGUGAAGUAUUUGUAAAUCACAGAUCUCCGUCUUCCACCCAGGCUAAUAGCAUCAUACUGGAAUCAUCACCAUCUCAAGAAACUCCUAUAGAUGGGCAGCCUCCUGCAUUACCACCCAAACAAUUUAAAAAGAACAGUUGGAACCAAAUUCAUCAUUCGCACUCACAGCAAGAACUGGAUAACCAUAUUAAUGAAACAUUUGAUGUUCCUGAAUCACCAGAAAAAUCCACACCCAAUGGUGGUGUCCCUCAUGACAAUCUUGUUAUGAUCAGAAUGAAACCAGAUGAAAAUGGAAGGUUUGGCUUCAAUGUAAAGGGUGGAUAUGAUCAGAAGAUGCCGGUAAUAGUGUCCAGGGUGGCUCCAGGAACACCUGCUGAUCUCUGUGUCCCUCGUCUGAAUGAAGGGGACCAGGUUGUACUGAUUAACGGCAGGGAUAUAGCAGAACAUACCCAUGACCAAGUUGUUAUGUUUAUUAAAGCUAGCUGUGAGAGACACUCAGGGGAACUUGUGCUCCUAGUUCGACCCAAUGCUGUCUAUGAUGUUGUGGAAGAGAAGCUGGAGAGCGAGCCUGACUUCCAGUACAUCCCUGAGAAAUCUCCACUUGAUGGUGUCCAUCAAGAUGAUAAUGCUCUGAGAGAAUCCAUGAUUCAGCUAGCAGAGGGGCUUAUCACUGGAACUGUUUUGGCUCAGUUUGAUCAAUUGUAUAGGAAAAAGCCUGGAAUGACAAUGUCUUGUGCCAGAUUACCUCAAAACAUUUCCAAAAAUAGAUACAGAGACAUUUCGCCUUAUGAUGCUACACGGGUUAUUUUAAAAAGUAAUGAAGAUUACAUCAAUGCAAAUUAUAUAAAUAUGGAAAUCCCUUCUUCCACAAUAAUAAACCAGUACAUUGCUUGUCAAGGUCCAUUACCGAACACUUGUCCUGACUUUUGGCAGAUGACUUGGGAACAAGGCUCAUCUAUGGUUGUAAUGUUAACGACUCAAGUUGAACGGGGCAGAGUUAAAUGCCACCAGUACUGGCCAGAGCCAUCAGGAAGCUCAUCAUAUGGGAAUUUCCAGAUUACUUGCCAUUCAGAAGAAGGAAAUCCUGCUUAUGUUUUCCGAGAAAUGACACUGACUAAUCUAGAGAAAGAGGAAAGCCGCCAACUAACCCAAAUCCAGUAUAUAGCAUGGCCUGAUCAUGGGGUUCCUGAUGAUUCUAGCGAUUUCCUAGAUUUUGUGUGUCUUGUGCGAAAGAAGAGGGCUGGCAGAGAAGAACCUGUUGUUGUUCAUUGCAGUGCUGGGAUUGGACGGACUGGAGUUCUUAUCACUAUGGAGACAGCUAUGUGUCUUAUUGAGUGCAAUCAGCCUGUUUAUCCAUUAGAUAUUGUAAGAACCAUGAGAGAUCAAAGAGCCAUGAUGAUCCAAACACCUAGUCAAUACAGAUUUGUAUGUGAAGCUAUUUUGAAGGUGUAUGAAGAAGGAUUUGUUAAACCUUUACAAACAUCACUGCAUAAGUAAAGAGCAAAAAACCCCCAGGAUAUCAGUUGAGGAAUCCUGUCCUCUAUAAUAAACUGGCAGCAUUCUUUGUGCCAUAAUACUGCUUGCAGGAAAUGAUAGUGAAGUACAGCAAAGAAUUGACAAAGGACUUUGAAAACUUCAGCACUGUUGCACUUUAUGUUGAAACAAAAUCAGUCUCUGAAACUCUUCUAACUUUCAUCUGUUUGAAGACUUUAUUUUUGUGCUUUGCUCCGAACAAACCAUAAACUGAAAGAACUAAUUGUGUUCAGGGUAAUCUACGAUAUUUUGUUGUAGUGCCAUAUACUGCGCUUCUGAUUGAAUUGCUACAAACAAGGCUUGGAAUUAUUUCACUCUGUUUUACACCCAUGUCUCUUAAAAUGAAAAAGAAACGAAAAAACACACUAAGCCAUGGUCUUUUUCCAGUGCUAGGUUUAUUUACUACGUACAGACUCUCACUGUUUUGUUUUUUACAACGUUAGCAAUAUUGCUGUUACUAGAUAGAUACACACUGCCUACUGAUGCAGCACACUUUGUCCUACACCCUUACUAGAGACCAGCUGGUUGUUAGAGGAGAGCUGGCGUCUGUGUUAACCCAGCGGUAGCUGCAUAAUGCCCACUUACCAGCAUCUUGUACAAAAUAAUAAUAAUAAAAAUAUAAAAAAAUAAACAGCAUUUCUUUGACACA